GACGCAUCCCGUAAUCAGGUCACAUUUCACCGUAGUCUCAGCAUCCGUUUCUCGCCCUUUACAUUGGAGAAAUCGAGACAUUGGAAAGGAGGAAUAAUGGUGUGGAUGAAUGAUUUGGGAUGUCUUUUCGUCCCGCUGCUAAUGCUCGUACGGGUGUCCAUGCAGGUGGACGUCAAGAACGGGAAAGAAGCGGCGAAAGCCGGGAAUUUCAUGGAAGAUGAACAGUGGCUGUCCACCAUUUCCCAGUACAGUCGCAAGAUCAAGCACUGGAACCGCUUCAGAGAUGACGACUACGUCAGAUCAUGGGAUGAAAAUCAAGGCUCAAAUGAAAAUGUGGAUACCACAAAAGAUCCUUGCCAGAAAGUGAAGUGCAGCCGACACAAGGUGUGUGUUGCCCAGAGCUACCAGCGUGCUGUGUGCGUCAAUCGCAAGAAGUUGGAGCACAGGUUAAAGCAGCAGGUCAUAAAGCAGCAGCAGGAGAGCAGCUGUAGGCCCUGCCCGUUGUCUUCUGCUGGCCCAGUUUGUGGUUCUGAUGGACACAACUACGCCUCUCAGUGCAAACUGGAGCAGCAGGCGUGUCUCGCCGGGAAGGAGCUGAAAGUAAGAUGUGCUGGUCUCUGCCCCUGUACCGCCACCGUGGCACCUUCUACAGACGCAGACAGCAAACAUGAGAGCUGCACAGGGCAGGACCUGGCAGAUCUGGGCGAUCGUCUGCGGGACUGGUUUCAGCUGCUCCAAGGCAACGGGAAGCAGAACAACACAGGGAAUCCUGUAGCCAGCUCUGCUUCAAUUGUGGACCGGACACUUGUUGCGACCUGUAAGGACUCUAUUGGCUGGAUGUUCUCUAAAUUAGAUACAAACAAUGACUUGUAUCUGGACCAAGCCGAGCUGGCCGCCAUUAAUCUGGACAAGUAUGAAGUGUGCAUACGGCCCUUCUUCAACUCCUGUGACUCUUACCGCGAUGGCAAAGUUUCCACAGCCGAGUGGUGCCUCUGCUUUUGGAGAGAAAAGCCUCCCUGCCUGGCUGAGCUAGAGAGAAUCCAAGUGCAAGAGGGAGCCAAAAAGAAACCGGAUACAUACAUACCCAGCUGUGAUGAGGACGGCUUUUACAGGAGACUGCAGUGUGAUAAGAGUAGAAGGGAGUGCUGGUGUGUGGACCAGCAUGGAGGAGAGUUAAUGGGCUCCAGAAUCCAUGGCAACCCCGACUGUGACGAGGUAGUUACGUACUCGGGCGAUUUCGGGAGCGGACUCGGAUGGGAAGAUGAGGAAGAGAAGGAGGCAGAGGAGAACGGCGAGGAGGCCGAGGAAGAGGAAGGGGAGGUGGGGGAGAUCGAUGACGGUGGAUACAUUUGGUAGAACGUAACAGAAUUUCCGCCUUACUCAACAUAGCUUUCUGUGGCCCAUCACUACAGAGGCAGCUCUAUCUUCUGACAUUAAAUGGUGGACACUGGAGGGUCGAUCAUCUUUAUACUGCACUCCAAACAGCAUCGAGUUUGGGAAGGGGUGGGGAGGGCUCGCUGGUUAGUGUUAGCUGUAGUGAGAUUAUGGUAUAUUGGCAAAGAGUUUUAAAUUAUUGGGCUUAUGAAUACUUGUGAACCAUCAUAUUAUUUGUUGAAUCGGUGAAUCAGUCUUUAGCAUCCGCAAACACAAGCUCUAGGCGCUUGAUAGGUGUGAUGUGAUACGUUCUUAUGCAAGUCUAAUAAAAACAUACUUUUAUCACUAUAGCCUACACUUGGAAAUUCUACCUGUAAUUUUAAUAGUUUGAGGUAUUGAUCUGACUUUUUAAAGAAUGUACUGCUUCAUUAGACCUUCUGUCAACCAUUGUUAUGUCCAACGGCUUUGGCUUUUUGAGACUGCUUUUGUAAUGUCUAUGCUCUUAGAGUUCAUGUAAAUUGCAAGUUUCUAUGUCCUCACGAUGAUUAAGAAAAAAACUCUAGAGCUAAGACUGUUACCCUCUUCCCUCAUCAUCGUCAAUGUAAAAUCUGAACAAGUUGAUCAGUUUCUGUAUCUGUAAUACUUACACUUUGCAUUAAGCAGCCUUGAAGUACAUCAAGUCAUAAACAUUUUAAGGUUAUCAGUUUAUUUGAUCUUAUAUGAUGCAUUUCUCUCACAAACUACAACAGAUUUUUGCCGGUUUUCCAGAAAUACACAAUGCACUUCUUGUCCUAAAGGCACUGUUUUUUCUCUCCUUUGUGUAAUAAUCCAACUGAAACCAGAGCCAUGCGACGCAUUAUAUUUUCAUAUAAACUACGUCUCAGUGCAGUAGCUCUCUCUCCCACAAACCCCGACGACCAAAUCAUUGUAUUCUCUUUUGAAAUGCACAGUAAUAAAUCCUGAGAAAUGUGCUCUUUGGUUUCAUAUUUCUAUCAUAAUAGAAUUUGCUUAUACUUCACUAGGUCAGGCUGUAAUACGGUACCUUGGAGGCGACAUGGCUAUUAUAACCAGGCAGUAUAUGGAUGAACAGGAGAGUCAGGAAUGAGCUUUUGAAAAUGCAAUCUGACAUAUUCCCUUUAUAUACCCAAAGGGACCAAUCUGUCUUUGCAGAUGUCUUCUAAUCAGAUCUUCCCAUCAUUUGCAGUGAAAGAUGAGUUAGCUGUAAUGUUACGAGGUGUAAAUCUUGUGCCGCGAGGAUUUUUAAUCUAGGUCUAAAUUUAUAAACUAAGACUAAGUAUAACAGGAACCUUGCUUGUGUAAAACACUUUAAGCAUCUCUUUGUGUAUCUAUGAGGAAAAACAGUUUUGCUUUGGAAUCAAAGCAGCUAGCUGGCUUUACAGACUUUCUUUAUUCCACCAGUGUCGAGUCUCACUCGCUAUAGCACAUGAAUUGUAAAACGUGUAUGAGUUAUACUCGGUCUGGUAUGCUAAUUUACUCCGACUCGCUUUCUGAGCUCCAAAUAGGGAAGGGGAAAAUGCAUUUGAUACGGUAACAUCCAAACAAGUAAACAUAUUCAUCAAUGUACCGCUGCUUUUCGUGCCGAAUACAAAUCCUCAAAAAAUUAGAAAAGAGACAAAAGCUUGGGGAUAUUUAAAUUACAUCUGGAUUACCAGAUAACAUCUAUCUGGUUUGUUUGGGUGGAAAAAGGCCUACUCAUUAAAAGUCAAUUGUGAAUGUUGUCUGAUGUCUUGCUCAUCAGUGUACAGGAGUCUGCUAACAGUGAUGUUAUGCCACUUGGACUAGUGUAUGAUUGUAUUGUACUGUACAUGCCAUUAUUAUUGUAAAUACUUGGAUUUUACGGAAAACGUUCUAUUUGCGCUGAGUUGCAGUAUAUUUGCAUUUAGUUGCAUGUUUCUUUGUCUGAGUGUCAUCUUUCUUGCCUGAAUAUGAUUAAAGGCUCUGGGCCCUAAACACG